GGUUGAAUUCUAAGGAACCAAAUGUGCCUUCAAAGACCUACCAGUCUUUCAGUUGAUGCAGGUGAAAAAUCAGCUAAAAUUGGUGAUGGAAAUUCAUAGCUACCUUACCGACUGAGGGAUGGAGGAGAACCAGAGCAACAGCCAAAACUUGACAGUGGAGGGUACGAGUGAACUGGGAAAAGUUAUAGAUCCAGAUUCAGAUUCGGAUUGGGAAUGGGAUAUGAAUUCAGAUUCGGAUUCCGAUUCCGACACUCUGGGAUUUAGUAACGAUCAGGGGGAGCAGCUUCAUCAGCGUUGGAAGUGGCUGAAGUUGCCUUGGAGGCGGCCGUUGUCUUCACAUACUGUGAGAUUUAGAAAUGAUCUGGGCGAGGUCUCGCAGAGGUUGCUGCGGCGGUGGCCGUUGUCUUCCGAAGGGGAUCCCAAUCCUAUGGAUCUUCAGAAGAGGGUGAUGAAGUGGUUGGAUAAGAAGGCUCAAUUUGAUACGAAGGCUGAGGCAUCAGGACCAUCGUGUGCUCACUCUCAAAAUUUGAUUUAUAUGAAACAUCGGAAGAGGGUGAUGAAGUGGUUGAAGGAGUUGGAUAAAAAGGCUCAAUUUGAUAGGAAGGUUGAGGCAUCGAGAGCUUCGCGUGCCCACUCUCACAAUUUGAUUCGAAGCAAAACCAAUAUAGCUGGGCCUUCCACACAGUUAGAAGAUGACAGGAGUGUCCACAAAAGAAUCAAGCAGAGUGCUGAGAUAUUGAACAGGACGAAGGAUAAUGUGUGCCUUAUUAUAUCUUAUCCUCUUAUGAGCUUGCUGAACGGAGAGAGCCACAAGCAGAAUCAAUAUAAGUGGGUUCGGGACACUUUGAAGAUCAAUGAUGUGGUGAGAGAAAUGGAAGCACCUUCAAAGAAGAAAGAGAUCGAUGCUUUUAAGUUAGAGAAUCGAAUCAGUACACUGAUGACUCGUUACAUGGAUGAAAUUGAACCUUUAUUUCCCCAAGUUGUGAUUGCGAAGAGCUUUAGCGGGAUUGAUGUAGAAAGGCAUGACCAAAUAAUGCCUACGCCAAAAAGAAUAUAUAAUUUGGCAGUAGACUUUGCUAUUCGUGAAAUUUUACAACAUAUAGAAUACCCUAAAAGUCGGAAGAUUGGGAUUUCAGGAAGCCAUGGAGAAACAGUUAUUUCAGAAUUGUGGGGCGAACUACAGGAAUGUUGUAUAUUUGAUCAUGCCAUUGAUGUUGAUGCCUCAAGAUGCUCCACCAUUGAAGAGAUUAGAUUUUCAAUUGAACGGGAGUUGUUUCCCUCCACAUCAGGAGAACGGAAAUUAGAUGAAACACUGAAAGGCACAAACUUCUUCAUCCUUCUUCAUGAGGUUGGUGAAAGGGUAAAUCUUUAUGACAUGGGGACCAACUGGUGGAACUCAAAGAAAAUUCAAAAGAUAGUUUAUACAACUAAUUCUCAGAAUGUUGAUAAUGUAACAGCAGUGGGUGUAGAGAUCAGGAUGGAGAAUCAUCUGUUAUCAUGGGAAUUGUUCUGUGUGAAUGUUGGGGAAGUUGUGCAUUCUUCAGGGAUCCAACGCCUCGCCAUAAAUGUGGUUGAAAAGUGUUGUGGCCAUUUACUUGCUGUUGUUAUAAUGGCAAGAGCUUUGAAAGACGUGAAUGAUGUUUUGAUCUGGGAAUAUGCAUCUUAUACACUAGGCUUGCAACACAGAUCUCAGACAAAAGAUAGAGUCUUAUUUAAUGCAUUGGGAUUCAUGUGGGGCCGUUCAGGUUCGACAAACAAGUAUGUACGAUACUUUGUUGACACUGACAUGGAGAAUUGGGGACAGGAGGAAGUGCGUUUGAUUGAAGACUGGAGAACAAGCGGCUUGGUAGGAACAUUUGAUGAAGGUAAACAGAUUGUGGGGGAUCUUGUCAAUGCCUCCUUGUUAGAGAGUUUUCAGUAUGGAGAUUCUUAUUUUGUGCGAAACCGAAGGGAAAUUCAUGAGGAGUUAUUAAACUUCUUAAGAUUUGAAUCAUGUUCACCCUUUCUUAGGCUGGGUGGAUGGGGACUAACUGAACCACCAAAAGAUGAGGCAUGGGAAAAGGCCAGUGAGAUGCAUUUGAUGAAUAAUAAACUUUCAGAGCUACCAACGAGUCCUCAUGGCUCACAACUCAAAGUGUUGUUUUUGCAGUCCAAUCACCAUUUGAGAACUAUUCCUCCGACAUUCUUUGAAGGUUUGCCUGUCCUCCAAAUUCUUGACUUGUCCUACACUAGAAUCAGAUCUUUACCACAAUCUCUCUUUAAGUUAUUCGAACUUCGAAUUUUCCUAUUAAGAGGCUGUGAACUUUUAAUGGAGCUGCCACCUGAAGUUGGAAAACUUGGGAAUCUUGAGGUGCUCAAUCUUGAAGGCACUAAAAUUAUAAACCUACCCAUAGAUGUUGACAGACUGACAAAGUUGAAAUGCUUGAACGUGUCAUUUCAUGGAUACAGAAAAAAUCAGUCCUCUACACUGAUUCCUCGGAAUGUGAUUCAACGAUUGUUUCAAUUGCAAGAGUUAAGGAUAGAUGUGAACCCUGAUGAUGAACGAUGGAAUGCGACCAUGGAAGAUAUUGUAAAGGAAGUGUGCAGCUUAAAACAGUUGGAGGCUCUAAAAAUUUAUUUGCCACAAGUUGCACUGCUUGAUCACUUUAUGAGGAAUGGAACUUCGUCGGUAUACACAUCAUUAGUCCACUUUAGAUUUAUUGUUGGCAGUCAUCACAGCCGCAUUAUAUCUCGACUACCUAAUGGACUUGCAAUUAGAUUUGAACUCCACACAAGGAGCCUGAAGUAUGUGAAUGGUGAAGGCAUUCCAAGUCAAAUCAAGGAGGUACUCCAGCAUUGCACUGCUUUGUUCCUGGAUCGCCAUUUAACUCUCACCAAGCUAUCUGAAUUUGGGAUUGAAAAUAUGAAGAAGCUAGAAUUUUGUGUAUUGGGGGAAUGUAAUAAGAUUGAAACUAUUGUGGAUGAAGCAGAAAAUUGUAAACAACGAGGAGAUGAUGGAGAUGUUUAUGGAGAAAAUAUACUUGGGUCUCUACAAUUCUUAAGGCUUCAUUAUAUGAAGAAUUUAGUGAGCAUCUGGAAGGGACCAGUUUGGAGGGGUUGUCUAUCUAGUCUAAAGUCCUUGGCAUUGCAUGAAUGCCCACAGUUGACUACCAUUUUUACUUUGGGUUUGCUUGAAAAUCUCAACAGCUUAGAGGAGCUUGUGGCUGAAUGGUGCCCUGAAAUCAACAGCAUAGUGACCCUUGAAGAUCCUGCUGAACAUAUACCAUUCCCCUUGAGAACAUAUCUUCCUAAUUUGAGGAAGAUAUCACUUCAUUACAUGCCUAAAUUGGUCAACAUUUCAAGUGGUUUACGCAUUGCACCAAAAUUAGAAUGGAUGAGCUUCUAUAACUGUCCACGCCUUGAAACUCUGUCUGAUAUGGAAGUCUGUUGUAAUGGUAUAAAGGUGAUCAUAGGAGAGGCAGACUGGUGGAGUACAUUGAAGAGUUCAUAUUUUGGACUUGCUCAGUGGCAUAAUGUAUUUGUCCCCAUUAAAAGUGAUGCAGAUUUGGCGACUCAGAUAGAAGAAAUUGAGAAUCAGCUUCUUGCUGAGAGGCAAGAAAGAAAGCCUUCUCAACAGUCAGGUGAAGCUGAGAGGCAAGAGAGAAAGCCUUCUCAACAGUCAGGUGAAGCUGAGAGGCAAGAAAGAAAGCCUUCUCAACAGUCAGGUUCUGGUGACUUCAUGGCAGCCCCAGCAUUUGAGGCCACAACUGCCUCAAAGGAAAAGCAACUGCCUGACCCUGUUGCCGUGGAGGAGACGGACCUCAUUUUGUUGUGCCAAAGUUGGUUACAAACUUUGGAUAAUUCACCGACGGAAAAGUCCAUCAAUCGUCACUUUUUUUUGUUUUCUAUUAUUUAUUUAUUUAUUGUAAUGUGUAAUACUUAUAUGAAAAAAGAUACUCUUCCAUACUUUUUGGGGAUAAUCAUUUAUCACCAACAAAAUGCACUUUUUUCGAGGCUAUUGAAGGUUUAUAAAAUUUUCAACAGUGAUAUGUAAUCAUAGUUAAAGUUUAUAUUGACUAUGUAAUAUAUAUAUUGUUUUAGUAAACUGUAAGGGGCAUGUAGAACAUGAUUCAUGAAUAA